AUGGCCAGCCCAGGCAGGAUAUGUGACCCAUGCUUCGCGUCGAAGGCGUUGCUCACUGUGCUGCCAAGAGCCAUCUGGAACAUUCAACGUCAGUUGCAUCCGCUAGUUUGCACCAGUCUCCAAACAAACCGCAAGAUGCCAGCAUCUACGGAGUAUUUGGGGCACUAUUUCCUCAACCUGACAAAACAAGCGAGACGGCAUCUACUGGGUAUUUUGGAACACACAGCUCGGCAGCACACUCGCCACUGGUCCUCCUAUGAGACACUCGGUGCUGUCUUGCCGGGUAGACUAGUAGUGUUGGCUCAAUGCCAACCCUCGGUCUCAGCAGCUGGCGCCGACAAUAGGGUGGCACCAAAAGUAGUGGUUGUGUCGAUGUGGCGUCCCGAGGCACAAGUCUGGCAUACCAGAUUCAACGAGUCCGAAUUAGGGAACCUCGCAGCAUGGUCAACUGCUGUUUCCGGCUUGUCAAUGCUAUAUCCCCGUGUCUUCUGCACGGAGACUAGAAAUAUCUGCCAGCUUACACUUGGCGAGGGAGAAAUCAACGCAGCAGCAUCGAUGAUGGCAUUGGUCUUGUCAACCCAGUUUGACUUUCGGAAGUCGUAUUUUCUCUUUGCAGGCAUUGCCGGUGUCAAUCCGCAUUAUGCCACUGUUGGCAGCGUGGCAAUUGCUCGCUACGCAGUCCAAGUUGCCCUUCAAUAUGAGAUUGACCCCCGGUCGUUGCCGCAAGAUUGGCCAACUGGGUACAUCUCCUAUGGGCGUGACUAUCCCCUUCAGUACCCUUCCGUGGUGUAUGGGACCGAGGUCUUUGAAGUCAAUGAAAAUCUUCGGCAGGCGGCAUUUUUAUUGGCAUCUAAUUCCAGUCUCAAGGACCAAAAGGGACCUCAGGAAUAUCGGUCAAAGUACUCUGGUGGCGGAUACCGUGAUACCAUGGCCACAAAGGCGCCCAGUGUUGUCAAAUGUGACAUCGCUACCAGUGACGUCUAUUAUUCAGGAACUAAGCUUGCGGUCGCUUUUGAGAAUACAACGACUCUAUGGACGAAUGGCUCUGGAAUAUAUUGCAUGAGUGCCCAAGAAGAGAAUGCCACACUUGAAGUAAUGGUCAGGGCGGCAAUUGAAGGUCUCGUUGAUUUUGCGCGAAUCAUACUUGUCAGAGCUGGGUCAAACUUUGAUCGACCGCCACCUGGUCUUUCAGAUUGGGAACACUUGAGGCGGACCGAUCAGAAUGGGUUCAUGAUUGCCGUAGAAAACUUGUAUAAUGUUGGCAUCGGCAUUGUUCGGGGUAUCGUUUCCGAUUGGAAUUGCACAUACCAGCGAGGAAUAGAGCCGAGUAAUUACAUAGGCGACAUUUUUGGCAGUCUGGGUGAAGAACCAGACUUCGGGUUUGGAAGUAUUACGGAAGGCAAGAAGGUCACUGCCGGGGGUUACAAUCUUGGUUUAGCUACCGUUGAGAUGGAAAGGCGGAAAGGUUUUGGGCUGAGGGCCACACUAAAAUGA